UGUACUAUAGGCCAGAAACUCCGCUACAUGUUCAGUCACGACUCACGACGGCCUCGCCGCUGCUGCCCUCCUCCCUUUCCUUCGCGCGCUUCCGCGCCGCUCAACCCGUCCACCGUCGCGGCACUCACGGCCUCACGGGGCAAGCGCGAGGUGAGCCCACCUACCGCGGCAUGCGGAAGAGCGCGCGCCACACCAAGCCCCGCCCCCGGUGACGCCGCGCAGCCGUCCAGUGCGCCUGCGCCCUUCAUGUGUUCGAGCAAAUGCCACGCAGGAGAACCUGCGCCGGCCGGGUCUAUGCAGGAUCCACGCGCGGGUGGCCUUCGUGCAGUUACUAACGACGGCAGUCUCCACCGGAGCAUUUCCCCGAAUGAUUAACCUGCUCAUCUUGCCCAUGGGGCUACCCUGGCGUCCCAUGCUCGUUUCAACUACGAGCUGGCUGGUAGACCCACAGGUAAAAGAGCCUCUUGUGAUUUGGCAUCACACGUUGUAUCCUUCGCCAGGUUCCCCAUGUCUGCAGGUCAAAGUUGUCUGGUUAUGAUUUCCUACUCCGUUUGGAAAUUGGAAAAAUACCACACACAGCAUAGCAGUUUGUAAAUUCCUAGGGACACCAUCAUCCUUGGAAUAGACGCCCCAGCUCUGUCUUAGAUUGGUGGAUUUUUUCCCUCUCAGAAUACUGCUGGAGGUUUUACAUAAGUUUCGCCAACUCUACAUGCCAAAAUUUGUCGAUAGGUACAAGGUUGUACAUACCAAUCAGAAACAAUCAUGCAUCUCAAUGAGGAACCAGUUUAAGCCUAGUGACAGCAUGCCGCUUUGUCGUGUUUUGUCCCCGCUUGUACCAUUUGUUCAAUAUGCGUUCUAGGAGGUGGUUUGGUGUGUCCACUGUCUACAUAUUCCGGGCUGCUAUUGGUCCAAUGCCUCUCCCCUUUUCUGCUCUCUAGGCUCAUUCCCCAUGAAAUUGCUCUGUAGUUGAAUGCGGAUUUGGUAUGUAACAUUGCAAGCUAGUCUUUUUUACAAGGCUGUGCAUUGUACAGCCAUACGACCCAAAACACCGUUAAUUAGUGUAACUGUGGAGCCAGGACUUGGCUCAUGAGCUUCCAUAGUUCCACGGUUGUGUGUACCCUGCUUUGAGCUGCCAUGAUGUGCAUGUGUGUCGGUUGCAGGGAUCCUAGUGUUGCUUUGUAAAGUUAGCUGGUUCUGCUGUGUGGUUCUAAACUUCAUCUCAUUUGCUGCCUGGCUUGCCCUGUGCCUUCCCAGCUACCUCCUUUCGAUGAAUCAUCACUCUCCUUUCCACUGAAUUCAUCGGUUUGGUAUCUCCUCUGUGCCAUGCCUGCUUUUGCUCCUGUUGUUGCUGUGCUGCCUUAAGCGUGCGGGGAGAUGACAGGGUUUCUUGGCACGAUAGUUGAUGCAGCAACAGGAUGGCUGGUGCAAAGCAUCAUUGGGAGCUUAUUCACUUGGCAGAUGGAAGCCUGGACUCAUGAAAUCGGGCUCACUGAAGAUUUUGAGAAGCUCAAAUUUGAGAUGAGGAACGUGGAGAUGGUGCUUGCCGCUGCUGAGGGAAGGAUUAUUGGUGACAAUAAGCCUCUGUCCCAGUCACUGGAUGAUCUCAAAGGGCUGCUUUAUGACUCAGAGGACGUGAUGGACGAGCUCGAUUACUACCGACUACAACAACAGAUCGAAGGGAAAGGUUGUACUGCUGCCAGUGAUGAUAAUUCUGAUGGGAGCUAUGUGUCCUCAUCUACCCUAUCUUCUGCUUCUGAAUUAGUAUACAGUGCCACAAGCCAAAUAACUAGAUGGGCCUCAUGCGGCAGAAAAAGGAGACGCGAAGAGGAGGGGCCAACUCAUAGUAUCAUGCUAACUUAUGAGAUUAAACAUGACAUUUCUCAGAGAAUCAACGGUAUAGUGAAUGAUUUAUGCACUAUUGGCAAUUCUGUGCAGAGAUUUCUUCAGCUUGAGAUCUCACGCCCCACCGGAACAUCAAGUGAGAGUCAGAAUAUUCGCAGGAAUGCUCGAUUGACAACUUCUGCUCCAAUUGAAGGUAAGGUGUAUGAGAGGGAUGCAGAGAGAGACAAGAUAAUAGGGCUGUUGAUGAAUGGGGGAUCUAGUGAUCUGAAUGUUUUGCCAGUGGUUGGCAUUGGUGGUGUUGGGAAGACGACUCUUGCUAGAUAUGUAUACCGUGAUGAAAGAAUUAUAAAUCAUUUCGAUUUGCAAAUGUGGGUUUGUGUAUCCACAAACUUCAAUGAACUGAGGCUAACACUUGAGAUCCUAGAGCAUGUAUGUAAAGAUAGACAAGAGUAUGAAAAAAUAAGCAAUUUCAAUGUACUGCAGGAGAUCCUUUUGAAGAAUGUUAGAAACAAAAGAUUUCUACUUGUAUUGGACGAUGUGUGGGAAGACAAGAACAUGAGUGGAUGGAUUAAACUCUUGGCUCCAUUGAAAAAUAAUCGAGUAAAUGGUUGCAUGGUACUAGCAACAACUAGAAUGAAAUCAGUUGCAAGAAUGAUUGGAACAAUGGAUGAAGUUAGAUUGAGUGGUCUAGAUGAAAAGGAGUUUUGGCUGUUCUUCAAGGCAUGUGCAUCUCGUAAUGAGAACUACGAGGGUCAUCCUAGUUUGCAAUCUAUUGGGAAACAGAUUGCUAAAGUACUAAAGGGCUGUCCACUAGCUGCACGAAGUGUUGGUGCACUUCUGAAUACAAAUGUUAGCGAUAAACAUUGGAGGAUAGUUCGGGACAAAUGGAAAUCCUUUCAAGAAGAUUCUGAUGAUAUUUUACCCAUCUUGAAGCUCAGUUAUGAUUAUCUGCCAGUCCACCUUCAACGUUGUUUCUCGUACUGCUCUUUGUUUCCAGUGGACUACCCAUUUAAUGUGGAGCAAUUGGUCCAUGCUUGGAUAUCACAGGAUUUUGUGCAGUGCGAAGAUCGUACCGUAAGACUAGAGGAAACAGGGCAGGAAUAUUUGGAUAGAUUAGUGGAUUUGGGCUUCUUCCAAAUGGUUAGCUCACACUAUGUUAUGCACGAUUUAAUGCAUGAAUUGGCAGGGAAGGUUUCGUUAAAUGAGUGUGCUACUAUACAUGGAUUGAAACCUGAGGCAAUUCGACCAAGUGUUCGGCAUUUGUCGAUCAUAAUUACUGCUUUUGAUACAGAUAACCAUGCCAGCUUUCCUAACGAGAGGUUUGACGAAAUACUUCAGAAGGUUCAGCCUUUGCAAAAAUUGAGGACCUUGAUGUUGUUUGGGCGAAGCAGCAUAAAUUUAUUAGGGUCCUUACGUAAUUUAUUGAAGGAAGCAAAAUGUUUACGGUUUCUAAGAAUUUUCGUGACAGGCGCUGACAUCAGCUCUAUAAACAGGCUGUUAAAUCCAUGCCAUCUUCGCUAUCUUGAAUAUGUUUGUGUUGUCACCACAACCAUGUCGCUGUUUCCUCAAGCAUUGACAAGAUUUUAUCACCUUCAAGUAUUGAAUGUGGGUAUUUCAGGCAAUCUUGCUGUGCCUACUGACAUGCAUAAGCUUGUUAAUUUGCGCCAUCUUAUUUCUCAUGAGAAAGUGCAUCAUGCAACAGCUUGUGUUGGCAACAUGACCUCUCUUCAGAAACUAAGAUUCAAGGUUCAAAAUGUUGGCAGUUUUGAGAUAAGGCAGCUUCAGUCGAUGAAUGAGCUUGUACUACUUGAAAUUUCUCAACUUCAAAUUGUGAAGACUAAAGAAGAGGCUUGUGGGGCCAGGCUAUUAGACAAAGAGUAUCUAGAAAAGUUGUCCUUGUCAUGGGAGGAUAGCAGCAUGAGCCUUGAACCUGUAAUGGCAGAAGAUGUGCUUGAAGGUCUUCAACCACAUCCGAACCUCAAAACUCUAGAAAUAACUGGAUACAGUGGUGCUAUCCCUCCAACCUGGCUUUCCAGUACUUUCUCAGUUACCUCAUUGCAGAUACUUCAUCUAAGGAAUUGCAAAGAAUGGCGAAUUCUUCCAACUCUUGAAAUGCUUCCUUUCCUUAGGAAGCUGACAUUGAUCAGGAUGUUGAAUUUAAUGGAAAUCUCAGUUCCUUCCUUGGAAGAGUUGAUCUUGAUCAAUAUGCCAAAAUUGGAAAAAUGUAUUGGUUCCUACGGAAUGGAGUUGACUUCCCAUCUAAGAGUUUUGAUGAUCAUGAAAUGCCCUCAACUGAAUGAUAUCACUCUUUUCCAGAAUUACCCUUCUUUCGACGCUGAGCAGAAGUCAUGGUUCCCAUCUCUCAGCAAACUCUACAUCAAGAAAUGUCCUCAUAUAAUCAAUUGGGCAAACCUUCCCCUAAGAGAAAUGGGGGCGCUCAAGGAGUUGGUGGACCUACAUGUUGUCAAAGAAUUGUCAGUUCCUUCCCUGGAGAAGUUGGUGUUGACUAAAAUGCCAAGCCUAGAAUUCUGCAGCAGUCUAACAACUUCUCCACCUCUGCAAUUUUUACCUUCCCAAGGAGAUAAAGAAAAUUGGACAUCUAAUCUCCAUAGACUCACCAUCCAUGAUUGCCCUUGUUUGAUAGUGUCACAUCCUCUUCCGCCUUCUGCUCUGAUUUCUGAGUUGUCCGUCAGGGGAGUUCCUAAACUUCCAACAAUGAGUAUAAGCCAAAGACAGUUGAUUAUCGAAUCUAAUGAGUUGAGUGUGCUGGAUGAGAGUAUCUUGGCAUUCGAUAACCUUAGGGGCAUAACAUUGUUUGAAAUAAGAAACUGUCCAAAUCUGAUCUCCAUUUCAAGUGAAGCUUUCAACCAGCUCAUCGCUUUAGAGGAUUUAUGUAUAUACGACUGCCCUAAUCUGAGCAUGGCAAACAUUAUGUAAGAGGUUUUCCAGGAAAAUAGUAUGUCUGCAAGCAGUCUUGUCCUUCCAUCUCUUUGGGUAGAAAACCAAGAGAGCAUGGUGAGCCUAACAGGGGAACAAGAGAGAGCAUUACAGCUUCUCCUCCAAGAACUUUGAUUUUGGUCAUGCCCGAGUCUCUUAUCACAUCCUGCAAACCUACAUAGCAUGACCUCCAAGGAGCGGUUAUCUAUCAUACAAUGUAAGAGCAUCAGAAGGCGGCUUGACAUGGGCCUCCCACCUCUCAGUUUCUGUUGAUUAGUCAGUUGCAGCAAGAAGCUAGGUGUGCAAUGCAAAAUUGCGGCAAUAGAAAGCUACAGGUCACUAUUGAUGACGAGACUGAGUUAACCAACAGUGGCUUCUUAGCCAUCAGAGACGCACAUGUUGCUGCACUUGCCAUCACUAGCACAUUCGUGCCAGUGCGGCAUACCCCUUUUGGUUUUCCACAAGCUACUCAUAGAUGGACACAGAACCAUGGGUUGAAAGUGACAGACUCGUUUUUGUUACGAGGGGCAUUGUGACUUUUCCCUCAUUCUUGUGUCUUAUCUGGUCAGUCCCUGGCAGUAAGGUAUGCUAUCGCAAGUUGACUGUCCGGCAUGAGAUAUGACUUCAAAUUGUAGAAGAAAUAUAAUGGUCUACUAGUUACUCUACCACCCGUCUCCUGAUGCAGUUCUGCUGUGAAAAAGGAUGUUUCUGUUUGGCAGUCAACCAGGCCUACCUGAUUAGGGAUGAGAUGACUGCACAUCUUGCUGGAUGCCAGACGACACCAUUUCAGGUGUGGACUGACAAGCGGGCCAUGUCCAUGAAAACUGAAGACGGUACAGCAACCAGUGGGUGACGAUCUCUGGUCUGGUGAAAAUUGGAGGUUGAAGUCGGGGGAUAGGAAGCAGCAGCGGGGGCAACUCGGAUGGACCAUGGAUUGUUAUACUAACUGCAGCCUACCAAAUAUGUUGGAACUCUGAACUCUAUGGAGCUCCAUGGCAUCAACCACUGAUUCAAGAGAAAAAUUACUGAAGAGAUCACAUGGCGAGUGAUCACACGUAAACGUAAACACAUGAACCAUAUUCGGACGCAAUUUCUUCACGAAGGCACCGCGAAGGUUGCUGCCUUGUGCCGCUUUUGCUUGGCGUGAAUACAGAGAAGCAGAGUCAUGCGACACAUAGGAAGUCGAUCAUCAACGGCUUUGCGAGUCUGAACAGUCACGCCAUGAUCAAUAUGAAGUAUUGUAUCCAAGUUUUGUCGGAAACAAAAAAGAACUAUUUGAAGCAUUG